AACGAAUGAUAUAAUGUUUGUUUUUGUAAAUAAGGAACUACUUCUGAUAUUUUUGAAAUAUAAAUACUGCAAUAAAAUUUGAGUUUUUAUGUUCCUUUUUUGCAUUGUUUCGUAAAAUCGUAUAGUGCCAAUUUUUCUCACAUUUUAACAAAAUGGAAAAAAUACUGUCAUUGAUGCUAUUCAGCUUCUUAAUUGUUGGCAUAGUGGAUGCUAAGUGUCCACCUGGCAUGAAAUUAUGCGGCACGACAAUCUUGUUCGAUCUAUGUUGUCCACUACCUAUGGGUGUUUGUUGCUCAGAUCUUGUUCAUUGCUGUCCUCACGGCUACGAGUGUGAUUUGGACCACCAAAGGUGCAACAAAAAGAAUAAUACCCAACAGGAGAGGCCUGUUGUUGGAGCUAAAUUUGGUCUGAAGCAAUGCGGAGGAAGUGUCUGGUGUGCCCAGAAUGAUGAUUGCUGCAAGGGCGAAAAUGGUGCAUGGCAAUGUUGCAGACACUUUUCUAAAAACUAUGUUUAUGGAUUACAACUGUAAAG